AUGUCGCUUCACUUCAGCUGUGAUAAGAGGGGGGUGGACAUGGUGCUCGCCUUCGCGCAGCAGCCCAGAGACCUGCACACGUGGUGCGAAACAAGUACAGGAGAUAAUCUAGCCAAGGUGUCUUCAACAUCCAUCAGGAGGCGUGGCGAGCGGAGCCUCCUCCACGCGUGGUUGCAGUGCAUAAAAGCCAAGUCUGGGCUUCCAGCUUCUAAUGCAGCGCAACAUCAAGAAAAUCUCGGGCAAGAAAAAAAGCACAACGUGCUGGGCACCUCUGUAGUCAGGGGUGUUGCGGCAGCCAGCAUCAAUAGCUCCGGCUUCUCAAGCUCCGAUUCCAACCUCCAAAUCUAA